CCAGUCUGUGUAUGCAAUCGUGCUUUCGGUAUACAUACAUAAUAGACCCUAUACUCUAUGCUAUAGGGUAUACUUGUUUACAUGACCGUGAAUCACUUUUAAGUUUAUAUUAAUUCAAGCAAUAUUUACAUUCAUAAAAAUGGAUGUACAAAGGCAUUCUGUACACACUCUUGUAUUUCGAUCUUUAAAGAGAACACAUGAUAUGUUUUUAUUAAAUCAAGGUACUUUACCACCUGUGGAUCCUAACUUACAAAAAAUGAAAAAAUCUGUAAAAGCAAAAGACUCUUAUGGUCCUGUAUUGGCACGUGUCAAAACUAACAAUAUAAUGAAAAUACAAAAUGAAAAUGAAAAUACAGAUCCUCCUCCACCAGGCGAUGAAUCUUUUGGAGGAAAUAAUAAUGUUGCAGUUGUUCCUUAUAAUCCUAUACAAAACAACAAUAUGGUAGUAACAACGCAAACAAAUUCAGGAGGAAAUUCAGUUAAUAUGUCAUUAAUCAUACCACAGAAGAAGACACCAUCUAUGGUAAAACCUAAGUGGCAUGCACCAUGGAAAUUAUAUAGGGUUAUUAGUGGUCAUCUUGGUUGGGUAAGGUGUUGUGCUAUUGAACCAGGAAAUGAAUGGUUUGCAACAGGAUCUGCAGACAGAGUGAUUAAAAUAUGGGAUCUUGCAACUGGUAAAUUGAAAGUUUCUUUGACUGGUCACAUAAGCAGUGUUCGUGGACUUGCAUUUUCUCAAAGACACCCAUAUUUAUUUUCUUGUGGAGAAGAUCGGCAAGUGAAGUGUUGGGAUCUUGAGUACAACAAGGUUAUAAGACAUUAUCAUGGACAUUUAUCAGCUGUAUAUUCCAUGGCAUUACAUCCUAGUAUUGAUGUAUUAGUAACUGCAGGUAGAGAUUCUACUGCAAGAGUGUGGGAUAUGCGGACCAAAGCAAAUGUACAUACACUUGUUGGUCACACUAACACAGUUGCUAGUGUAAUUUGUCAAACAGCUGAACCACAGAUUGUCACUGGAAGUCACGAUUGCACUAUACGAUUAUGGGAUUUAGCUGCUGGAAGAUCUAGAGCUACUUUAACAAAUCACAAGAAAAGUAUAAGAGCUGUGACUUUUCAUCCAUCACUAUAUAUGUUUGCAUCAGCAUCUCCAGAUAAUAUUAAGCAAUGGAAAUGUCCAGAAGGAAAAUUCAUUCAGAAUUUAUCUGGUCAUAAUGCAAUAGUUAAUUGUUUAGCUGUUAAUGCUGAUGGCGUAUUAGUUUCUGGAGCAGAUAAUGGUACUAUGCAUCUUUGGGACUGGAGAACAGGGUAUAAUUUCCAACGUUUACAAGCACCCGUUCAACCGGGCUCAAUGGAUAGUGAAGCUGGAGUAUUUAGUAUUACAUUUGACAUGUCUGGUACUCGCAUGAUUACAACAGAAGCAGAUAAAACAAUCAAAGUAUAUAAAGAAGAUGAUACUGCUACUGAAGAGACGCAUCCUGUAAAUUGGAGACCAGAUAUAAUAAAGCGGAGAAAAUAUUAAGCAAAUCUUGAAGCUAUCAUAGUAGUCGAAUCAGUGUUAAAUGUAUCAGUACUAACUGAAACAGUGUGAAUAGUGACAGUUAGCACUGAUACAUUUAACACUGAUUCGACUAACACUGUAUGAAGCUUCCAGGAAAGAGCCGUGUCCAAAAGGAAAAGAAUUCCAACGUUUCAUCAGCAUUGCAAUUGACUCUAUCAAGAUGUUGCUAAUAUUAAUGUGCUUCUGAAAAAACGCUCCUACAUCUAGGUUUGAAUGUUCUGGAAAGGAGAUCAGCAUAGCAACAUUUUUAAUUGGUCAGCUGAUCAAUAAAAGACUGGAUAUCUUCAUCACAUCCUGAUCACCUUUCCGGAACAAUCAGAACUAAAGAUGGACAAGAAACAAAAGAAACACAAAAAAAUGUUUUGUGUAAUAUAUAUUAUUAAUUUUAAGUUUCUCGUAAAUUAUAAUUUGUAACAAAAAUCAGAUUGGCAGAAUAUAUUGGUGUUUUAUAAUUCUUCA